AUGGACGAAGAUGUUCAGAUUCCAGAGGGAACGCCGCUGAAGCAACACGAUGAGCUGAGGAUAGUUCUAGUGGGGAAGUCUGGGAUUGGGAAGAGCGCCUGUGGGAACACCAUUCUGGGUCGAGAGUGCUUUGAGUCCAGGUGCAGUCCCAGGUCUCUGACUGUGGACUGCGCUAAAGCAAUUGCUGUGGUGGACGGACAACGGCUUGCUGUCAUCGACACUCCGGGUCUGACCGACGCCAGCUUUGGUUCGGCUAAAACAGCCAAAGAUCUGAGCCCGUGCAUCUCUUUCUCUGCUCCUGGACCCCACGUCUUCCUGGUGGUCGUCUCACUCAGCAGGUUCACUGAAGCAGAGAAGCAGAUGGUGAAAAGGAUCCAAGAAGUGUUUGGAGAAGCUGCAGACAGAUACUGCAUGGUCCUCUUUACUCACGGAGACCUUCUUGAAGAUGAAACUAUUGAGGAGUACUUGGUUGACAGUCCAGACCUGCAGGCCCUGGUGUCCAGCUGCAACAACCAGUUCCACAUCUUCAACAACAGACUGAAGGACAAGAAGCCUCAGGUCAUCAAGCUCCUGCAGAAGAUCAGAAACGUCGUUCAGAAGAACGGAGGAAGCCACUACAGCAUCGAGAUGUUCCAGGAGGCUGAGAGGGACAUCGAAAAGGAGAAACAACGCCGCCAGAGGGUGCAGGAAGAGGAAAGACGCAAAAGGAUUGAAGCAAUGCAGAGAGAAAUAGAAGAGAAGAUGUUUCAGGAGGUUCAGAAGGAAAAUGAGGAGAAACUGUCCAUCCUGAUGGAGAAAGAGGAGCGAAUACAUAAAGAGAAGGAAGAAAUACAGAAACAAAUGAAGGGAAUGUAUGAAAGAGCAAUUCAGAGUAUUUUAGAGCGAGUGCAGAAUGAGAGAGACAAGGACAAGGAGGAGAGACAAAGGGAGAUGGCAGCCAUGAUGGCUACGUUCAAGCAACAGAGAGAACGAGAAGUCAAAGAGCAAGAAGACAGAAUCAGAAAUAUUGUGGAGAAAAAUGCAAGGAAAACCUUGGAGAUGUUUCAGGAAGCCCAGAAAUCAAACGAGGAGACAAAACGACAGAUUCAGAGGGAGAAAGAGAGAGAUAAGAUGGAGCUGGAGAGAAAAUUAGAGGAAAUGUGCAACAAAGUGAUCCAGAAAGUCACGGAACAACUCCUGACUGAGAGGGAGAGGAGCAAGAGGGAGGAGGAGAGGAAGAGAAAGGGAGAGGAAGAAAGGAAAGGAGAAGCCAAGAAAGAGAUGGCAGCCACGAUGGCUGCAAAACAGAGAGGAACAGAAGUGAGGGAGCAAGAAGAAAGGUUCAGAAGUGAUGUGGAGAAAAACGCAGGCAAACAAUAUGAGAUGUUCCCGGAGGUUCAGGGAGCAAACGAGAAGAAGAACCCACCGAAUGUUGCAGACCCCUGA